UCUCGCCUUGGUGAUGGUACGGCAAGUGCCCCCAACAUUUGUCCGAUCUUGCGUGGGAAGGGGCUCUCGGUGUACUAUACGGUGUCUGUCAUUUUGAUCGAUUCAUAUGAUGACAAAAAGAGCAUCGAGCAGAGGUGGCCAGGAGUCGCCACGCUUGUCAAACGGAUAUUAACAAUAGAGAAUGUCAGUCCAGCCGAGUGGCAACAAAUGUUUUGCGAUGUCUUCCAAAUUGUCAUGUGGCAUGAGCCACAUGGUUCGUUUCAGAUCAAGGAAUCAUUGAAAGAAAUGAUAGCAGAAUACAUUGAACAAGUUAAACAGCGCAUUACUGACGCACCGAAUACAGAGGCUCUGCUAAAGUCCUACGUUGUCGAAUGGACCAAAUUCUCUAAAAGUGCCGAUUACCUCCCUCUUCCCUUUACACCUAUGGACGGAAAACAUCAAAUUCAUCACUCCAAUCCACGACACGUUCAAGAGAGUUCUGUGUUGAAGAUUUUGUUAGAAACGUGGAAUGAUAUCAUUUAUGAGAAACUAAAGACGCGGCUUAUCACAAGUGCUAUUAAGCACAUUCAGUGUGAGCGAAUCGGGCAAAUCGUGGAUGCGGAACUGUUCGUCGGUGUGGUGGAUUCUUGUGCCAGACUGUCGGACGUUCUUGGGGCAGAUAAAAUCAAUUAUUUGGAGGAUUUGGAGCAGAGCUAUGUGGAACACACGAAACUGUUUUACAAGCCAUUGGUCGCCGAAUUCAUUCAAGAAAAUGGAAUUCGAGCUUACACUUCCUACGCAAGUCAGAAGUUGUUGGAAGAAGAAGAUCGGGCUAGUCGUUAUUUGGCGAAAAAGGCCAAACCGGAAUCGGCUGAAGUUCUGAUGAAAGCGUGUGCUGACCUGUUUGUCGUUGGCUAUCUGGACCAGUUGCUUUCCGAAAUCCCGAAGCUCUUGCGCGAGGGCAAUGUGGAAUUACUUCGGCAAUUCUAUGAACUCAUUCGGCGAGUCGAGAAUGGGUCAGAACGGAUAUUAGUCCACUUCGAGCAGUACGUGAACCAAGUUGGCUUGGAAGAUAUUCGACAAAAUGCAGAGACUAUGCUAAAGGAUGCAAACAAAUAUGUGGAGCGCUUAUUGGAUUUAUACAAUCGAUUCUCAUCAAUCGUAAAUGACGCGUUCCUAAAUGACCCACUCCUUUUGGCCUCCCGAGACAGGGCAUACCAAGAAAUUGUAAAUAACACAGCUGUGUUUACUACGGAGCUUCCUACUUCCACGCGGAGCGAAUUCCGCCGAAUCGAAUCCCGAUGCCCAGAACUUUUGGCGUCCUACUGUGACUUGAUGCUUCGCAAAUCCUCAAUAAACAAGCGCCUUCUCCCUAACGAAGUAGAGAAACUCUUGGACAAUGUCUUACUGGUUCUUAAAUACGUGAACAGCAAAGAUAUUUUCGUUCGCGUGUACAAGACCCAUCUGAUUAGACGUCUUCUACUGGAAACAUCUGCAGACAGUGAAAUGGAAGAGAUGAUGGUCGACAGACUACGGCAAGUUGGUAUGCCUGCAGAACAAGUAAACAAACUAAGCCGUAUGUUCCAGGAUAUCAAAGUGUCUCAUGAUCUUACAAUCAACUUCAAAGAAAUGUACCGAGCAUCUGGUAGUUCCAACCAGACGACAACGGUCAAUGUGGACAUGGUGAAUAUUUUCAUCUUGGCGAGUGAAAUAUGGGUUUCGAAAUCCGAGCAGAAGGCUCUCAUUUCGCUACCCUCUCCUUUGGAAGACCUCCUCCCUUUGAUUGAGAAGUUCUAUGACGGUAAGCAUCAGGGCCGGAAAUUAAUUUGGCAACAUCAUCUGUCGCAUGGUCUUCUCACAUUUACAAGUGACCGAGGGCGCUUUGACCUCGAGCUGACUGCCUAUCAGAUCGUGUUGUUGUACGCGUGGAACCGACGUUUCGACGAAAAGGUUACGCUAGAUAGUCUUCUGACAGCUACUGGGUUACAAGACAGUGAACUUCGUCGAACACUCUGGACUUUAUGCGAACAUCCCAGAAUGGAACAACAGGUCAUCCUUUACUCCCCAAAGGCGAGAUCUGAGAAGGAGUUCACGGAAUCCACGCAGUUCUGGCUCAACCUGAACUUUGCCAACACAAGAUCCGGCAAAAGCCAAGCUCGACGACGCAUCAACCUCAUUGGGAAACUGCAGCUAACUCAGGAAAUUUUGAAUGAAGAGGAGAAUAUGGCAAUCGUCGAACUGCGUCAGCUUCGAGCACAGGAGGCAAUCAUUAAAAUCAUGAAAGCUCGCAAAACUCUACACUAUAACGACUUGUACAGUGAACUUGUCGAUCUGCUGCGCUUCCAAUUUGUCCCAUCGAAACGCCUAAUCAAAGAGGUUAUUGAGUGGUUGAUCGAACAGCAGUAUCUCCGUCGAGACGUUUCUGACUUGAACGUGUUUGUCUACCUAACAUGACCAGAUUGCCCGGACUAACCUGUCUCGUCUUGACCUCACUUUUCGUAACUGGUCGUGAUCGUCGUGCGCCCAACCUUAGUGAUAUCCCCGUGGAACUGAGCAAUCCACCUACUAACACGCGAUGGAUGAAUUCAGUUAACCUCGAUCGUCGCCACCUACGCAGUCGCUACGGAAAAGAGAUGUUUUGAAAUCAUGAUAGUCCCAAUUAUUAUUCCCUUGCUCGCAUAUUGUUUAAUUUUACACUGCGACCAUCCUCACAAUCACCACGAGAAUCCUCCAUGUGAAUGUGUAUUUUCUUGUACAUUUGCUACCCGUCCCGACUGUUUAUUAUUUGUUAUUUUUUCUCAGGUCUUGUAUUCAUAUUUACUAGUCCGCAAGAUACUACACCAGUUUUAACGAAAU